UGGAAGACGGAGUCCCCUGGGCAGCACGCAGCACCCAGGCGACAGACGCCUGGCACCGGCACUGGGCACACCUCUGCGGAGAUGACCCUGCCCCGCGCGUCCCCCGAGAGCAGGCAGUGCCUCACCUCUGCCCCCCAAGCCGUCCUGCUUCUCAGCCUGAUCUUCACCUCCUUCCACUCGGCUUGCUGGGCAGAAGCAAGCAGCAACAAUUCAGCUUUGAGCACCCACCAUCCAGACUCUGGCUUCCUGGAGCAGUGCCCCAGCGUCGACUUCUGCCCACAGGCAGCCCGCUGCUGCCACGCCGGAGUGGAUGGGUAUGGCUGGAUCGCGGCGGCUGUCGGCUGGAGCCUCUGGUUUCUUACCCUCAUCCUGCUCUGUGUGGACAAGCUGAUGAAGCUAGCUCCAGAGGAACCCAAGGACUUGCAAGCAUGAGACCCGGAAUCGAAGCCCCCAGAACGGCCAGGGUCACCUGCUUGUGGAUUGUAGAGCAGGGGCAGAUGGGUGGGUAGUGCUACAUGGCUGCUAUUGUUUUGGAGUGAUUUUCAGCUUUAGCCUUCAGCUACUUGUAAAAGGGAAGGAGGAGUGAAGGGGGAUCCAAGGAGGCCAAGCCAGUACUGCCUUCACUCCUGGCCUAAAGAAGAAAGUUCUGGUUAAAGAGGAGCCAUUCCACAGGCCUGUGUUGAAGGAAGUUGCUUGGUGUCAGUUCAGGAGCUAUCCCCUUCUUAUU